UCCGGCCGAGAAACUCUGGGCGAGCGCCCCGCGUCGGCUGGGGGCGGGCACGGGCUUAUCUCAGAUAUUUAGUUUUUAAAAAAAAUGAAGAUAAGACCCUCCACGAUCAAAAAAAUUAUGACUUGUUGAGACUCAGAUGACAGCAUUUUUUAGCAAUAAAGUAUUUUUUAAUUAAGCUAAUCCAAAAGUAAAUGAGAAACUUAGAAAAAGAUUGCCAACUCCAGAUCAACAUAUUUAGAGAAAAUUGGAAAAAGAGAAGCUUACUUCAGCUUUAUUUGAGGACUUUUUAAAGAAUGCAGAGUUCUAGCUGUGAGCUUCAAAUCCUGGAGCAAAAACCAGAGACAUUGCCAGAGCAAACAAGAACAGAAGUACAAAUGGAGGACUGGUCAAAAGCCCAAAGUUUUAUUGAACAUGAGACUACAGGAAGAAAUAAAAACACACAGCCAGACAAACAGCUGACUGAGAAUUCUAAGGGAAGCAAGCAUCAGAAAUGCAAUGAAUCAGUUAAUGAAGCCACAUGUGAGGACACACAACCGCCAGAGCAGAAGUCAAGGAAUUUUCCCCAUCCAGGUGGUGAGGCAUCUCACAGCGUUUCUGAAAAAGCCAACAGUAUGGAACAUACAAAUAAUGAUUUGCACUAUGAAUGUAUGAUUCCUUGUCAAGUUACUUCAGAGUUAAAUAAAGACAAGACUAUUGCAUUUCUUCAAACAGAAUUGGACAUUCUCAGAGCAAGCCAUAAAAAGCUUCAAGAAAAACUGUCUAAAGAAGAUAAAGAACAGAGAGAACUAAAGCUUAAGUUGGAACUCUAUGAGAAAGCAACAGAAGCUCAAAUUGCUGAGAAGACAGCAGCUCUGGUUGAAGAGGUGUAUUUUGCACAGAGGGAACGUGAUGAAGCUAUUAUGUCUCGACUACAAAUAGCCAAUGAGGAGAGAGAUGAAGCAAUCGCACGAGCCAACCAUAUGGAAAUGUCUCUAAAACUGCUAGAAAAUAUUAACCCUGAAGAAAAUGACAUGACAUUACAGGAAUUACUGAACAGAAUAAACAAUGCAGACACAGGGAUGGCUAUUGAGAAGAAUGGAGCUAUAAUUGUGGAUAGGAUCUACAAGACCAAGGCAUGUGAAAAGAGAAUAACUGCAGAAGAAAUGAACGCAGUGAUAGAAGAACGCGAUGCUGCUUUGUCUCAGUGCAAACGGCUGGAGCAGGAGCUUCAUCGUUUGAAAGAGCAGAACCAGACUUCAGCAAACAACGUGAGACAUCUGACUGCUGAAAACAAUCAAGAACGUGCUCUGAAGGCAAAGUUGUUAGCCAUGCAACAAGCCAGAGAAACUGCAGUUCAACAGUACAAAAAACUGGAGGAAGAAAUCCAGACACUUCGAGUUUAUUACAGUUUACACAAAUCUUUAUCCCAAGAAGAAAAUCUGAAGGAUCAGUUUAACCAUACCCUUACUACCUAUGAAGAAGCUUUAAAGAAUAGAGAGAACAUUGUUUCCAUCACUCAGCAACAAAAUGAGGAACUGGCUGCCCAACUGCAGCACGCCCUGGCAGACCGCGUGAACCUGGAAUCAGAGCUGCGGCUCGCCGUGGAGGCCUCCCGGGCGGCCGAUGACAAGGUUCAGAAGUUGGAGAGGCUGGUGGACGUCCUGAGGAAGAAGGUUGGAGCAGGGCCCGUGAGGACAGUGAUCUGACUGAAAGCAGCAGCCUGGGAAGCAGUCACAUCUGGUGACCAGGCUGAUUCAUUCAACGCUGUGUAAACACUAAAGCCUUAACUUAGCAAACAGUUGUUAGAAGCGGGGACACUCCAACCACAUUCCAAGCUGAGAUAAAAUCAAUCACAAAUGUUUAACCACUUUGUUGCUGACUUGGGUUAUUUAUCCAAAUGUAUUAACUACGGACUUUUACCAAUGGAUAGCUAUAAAGUUGUAGUUUAUUUGUAACAAUUUUCUGCCUCACUAUAUUUAACAUAACGAGAGACUAUUAUAGAAACAUUGUGAAGUUGGUCAGGAUUAUAUCUUCACAUAUGGCCCUUUCUGAAUCAAAAUGCAGCAAAGUAAAUAUUGUCUAGACCUUAAUCCACUGUGUUAGGUCAAAACUUCAAAUACACGAAUUUUUCAAUAUAGAGUUUAUUUCUUACCUGAUGAGAGUUUAGAGUCUUCCUUCAAUGCAUGCAUGUAAUCUUUGUUAGUAUUCAAGAAUAUUAAGUAUGGAUACUAAGAAUUAAGUGUAUAAUUUCUUUUAAUAAGAGUUUGGUACAUUAAAAUUAUCAUGACUUUUGUUUCAAUAAAAACAAUACAGACGAUCUUCAAUGAAAAGAGGAUAUUGUUACUGUGUACUUGUAAAUUCAAUAUUUUCAAUGCUUUGAUGAAUAAUUAUCUAAACUUUAUUUAAACUGUAGAAAUUGCCAAGUUUAUCUAAUAGACUGGGACACUUUGGCUUGAAAAUCUGUCUGUGCCACAUGCAGGGGGCCAUCCAACUUGUUGCACAUGCUUUUUGAUGAUCUUUACUUAGAUUACCAUUUGAAUUUUUGUUGUGGAGGAAGAGAAAUCGAUAUGUAACUUACAAUAAAAUGAUAAUGUAAAAACACAUGGUCUUAGAAAAGAGAAAACCUACAAUUUGGUUCAGGUUACAUACUUUUUUCAUUUUAGAGAUAACUUAAAAUAGUUACAGCAUAGUCACUUCUAACCAUAUGAAAUUAUUAAUAAAACUAAGAUUUGUAGAUAUGGCUGUAGGAAAAACAUGUUCUUUUUUAGAUUGAAUAGAUGAGAGGCCAAAUAGAAAAUGACUAUGUCUAGAAUUGGGUGAAAAAGACAAGUAGAGAAUAAAUUCAUGAAAAAAUUUUAGGCAAGUGAAAAUGUUUCUAAAUUCAUACACUUCUUUUAUUCAUCUUUAAGAUUGAGGUAAAUUAUCUAUCAUUGCCUAUUUUCAAGACAAGUACAGAGUAAUUUAUGCACCAUUUCUUCAUACACCAUUGGAGAAUAUCUGUUUGAAUUCUUUUUUUCACUCUGUGGGAAAAUGUAAGGUACUUUAUCACAGAGUGACGAAAGGAUCAUAAUGCUAACAUCAGUUUCUUCCUUAUUUUAUCCAUUAAAUUAACUGAGAGUUAGAAUCAUGCCAUUGAAUUUAAUUUAAAAUUUACGCAUAUUGUCUGCUUUUAAUUAUUUUUAUACUAUGAGAGUUAGAAAAUAAAGAA